AUGCGGUACGCGUUCUUGCUAUUCCUUUUGGUAGUGGUUGAGGCCGCUUUCAUCCAAACACAAUCAUGUUCUUUCAAGUCCAAGCAAUAUGUGUUUGCUCCGGCUCUUGUAGACGUUGCCUUAGACGAGGACCACGAUCUCCUCAAGUUCUUUGUCAACUCACAAGUUCGAAACGAAUCCGCAGGAAACAAUAUUGUGGUAAGUGAUGUCAAUUCCACCACUAAUCUUUUCACGACUUUACAUGUGCUAAUAACGUACCAAGGAAAAGUUGUUGUCAAUGAAAAUAGACGGCUUUGCGACCUUUUGAUGGUGAAAAAAUCACCUCAGUUCUACAACUCGCCCCGUUUCAAUAAGCCAGCAUCUUCUUCCACCCGUUCAACAUUCCGUCCUUUUCCCACUGGUUUCAUCCAUAAUGUCUCAGAUGGCUCCCUGUUCUCCAAACGAGAUCGUGACACUAAGCGCAAAUUCCCCUACCUCUCCGACUCAAACUCCACCAUCAGCAAUCUUUUCUCCAACAAAACAGGAAACCUAGUCCAAUGUCCAUUAUACGACCAAGACUCAGUUGCAUUCUACUACCAAGUAGAUGUCUCCAACUACGUGCGAAGAAUUGGCUCCUACAGUGCCAAGUUCACCAUUGUUUCAAAUGAUAGUAAGGGCAGCGUAUUGGGCUGUUUCCAGAUAUACGUUACGCCGGUCAUUUCCGAUUCAAUAAUCGAUUCCAUCGUGAUCGCAGUGUUGGCUCUCUUCUUAGUCACUGGCCUCAUCAACUUUUUCACCGUCAUCUACUCGUCGUACCAAGAAUCAUCAAAUCCGUUUCUUUUCAUGGCCUCGACAAUUUGCAACCGAGGGUUGUUGAAACAAUUGGGGGCCACCGUCCAGCUAAUUGCUGUCUACUUCCAGUUUGCAUUUUUCAUCGGUGCUCUUGAUCUUCAAUACCCGGGGUUCUAUCAGCCGAUGGUUUCCAGCAUACGAUGGUGUUCGUUACUUGGUUUCAAUUUCAUUGGCUCCCUGGGUGUCACAGGACGACACCGUGAUAAUGUAUACUUCACCCUCAACAUCGGCGGACUCAAAACCUUGGCAUCAUACACUUCCAUCCACCUGAGUACCAUUGCGUGGCCCAAUUUUAUGAUCUCUUUGGCAGUUUGGUUCGUUAUUCUUAUUUUGGUGCAACAAGGGUUUCUCGUUCUAAAUUACUUUAUGGAAUGGUUACGACCCAAAUCAAGAUGGAUCCUGAUAAUAACUGGGUGGAAAAGGUUCAUUGCAUUCAGAGACUUCGACACAAAGAGAGACAUCUCUUUCAUUCUAGGACAACUUGUCAGCCAUUUUAUGUUACUUUUCGGAUUUCCAUUUCUCGUGCUCACUUCCUACGUGAUGGUCGAAGCCGCUAAUCUUAAUGGAAGACACAAGUUCCCUUUUAUUUUCCAGGACGUGAGACGUGCUGCUUAUUCUGAAACAAGCACAUACCAGCAACUAUUCGCCCCGCUACUGGCGUUUGCUCAACACAAAAAGCCACCAAAAGGCUUGAAUUCCACAACCACAUUUAACACCACAAAGGCACUCGCAAACACCCUCAUCCCAUUACGCAACUCCACGCUCAACUCGAACGUUCCGCUCACAAGAGACCCAAUAGCUUCGGCGUUCCGCUCGUAUAGAAACGUUUCUACUCCAAUUGUUGCGCUAUCAGUGAUUUUUUUCGCUCUUUGGAUUGGUCUUGCAUUUUACUUGAUAUUCGGCUACAUUGUCAAAAUUUCUCAGUGCAGAAUCACCCAGAAUGACAGGGUCAAAAAACUCUAUACUUCAGUGAAAACCAUUUUGAUUUGGUCGCCGUUUUAUCACCUGUACCAUCCGAACAAGGUGUAUUUUGUGAUUAUUGAUCUUCUUACGUUGAUGUUCCGUCUGUUGAUAGUCGGCUGUCUUCAAACUAACGGAGCUUACCAAGUUGGAGCUCUAAUUGUUCUUGAAGUCGCAUACGUGAUAUUGCAUUUUGGAAUCUGGCCGUUUUUCGUCGACUUUUCAUUGUGCAGCACAAAGACCAUCAUACCACCAGCACGGUUGCUAGUGACUUUUCUUUGCAUUCCUUUGAUAAGAGAGCUCAAUUACUCUGAAGAUAUGAGGUCAAGGGUAGCAUUUGCACAUUUUGGUGUACAUUUGUUUGUGGUGGUGGUGUUUCUUGUGCAAUUGGUCUAUGGUGUUGUGAUUACCAUAAGGUCCAUUGUCAAAGCAAAACGCUCACUGGACCUGACUGGAAGCAAUUUGAAAAAACACACCAGCUAUGAUUCAUUCGCAGCCGCUUUUGAUUACCAGCAUGUUUUGCAAAAAAAGAAAAUGCCUGCGGUAGAUGAAGAUGUCAACUCUGGUUCCGUCAACGACUCAGUUUCUGAAGUGUUAUACUACCGCUCAGGAACCAUAUUCGAAGCCCGCAGUGAUGAUCUGGACUCUAUCGCGCUGCUGAGAUCCAUCAUUUUCAAAGGCACUUCCGACCAAGCAGAGUCUGUUACUGUCGCCAACGAUACUUCAGAUGAAGCACAGUCUUACACGCCAAAGAGAAACGACUAUACUUUCCGAGAAGCAGAUCUUAUUUACCGCAAAUAUUUCACUGGUGAUCUGGUUGAUCCAGAUAUCAAAGCAAUGUGGGAUGCCAGACAAAUUUGGGAUACCCAGGAACUGCGAAAUAAUAAGGAAAUUAUGGAGAAAAUACAGUCACCGCAAACCAAUAAUGGGCCUGCCGGUCGUUUGUGCAAUCUUUUUGGCAAAAAACAACCCGUUGAGCGAAGCUUUCAUGUUUCUCGUCCACGCAAGUUGAUAGUGAAAAAAUUAGAGGAUGACGGAAAUUCACUGUUGACCAGUGAUUCCACCUCUACUAAGUAG